CACAGAACCUGCUAACACGCGGCUCCGAGAGUGUGGUUCGGAGUUUGAGCUGCAGUUUCGGGAGUCCGCGCGAUGCCCAAGGCCAAGGGAAAGACUCGCAGGCAGAAGUUCGGUUACAAUGUCAACCGAAAGCGUCUGAAUCGGAAUGCUCGUCGGAAGGCUGCGCCUCGGAUCGAGUGCUCCCACAUCCGACAUGCCUGGGACCACACCAAAUCCGUGCGGCAGAACCUGGCGGAGAUGGGGUUGGCCAUGGACCCCAACAAGGCGGUUCCCCUCCGUAAGAGGAAGGUAAAGGCCAUGGAGGUAGACAUGGUGGAGAGACCCAAGGACCUUGUGCGGAAGCCCUAUGUGCUGAAUGACCUGGAGGCAGAAGCCAGCCUCCCAGAGAAGAAAGGAAAUACCUUGUCUCGGGACCUCAUUGAAUAUGUUCAAUACAUGGUGGCAAAUCAUGGGGAGGACUAUAAGGCUAUGGCCCGGGAUGAGAAGAAUUACUAUCAAGAUACUCCAAAACAGAUUCGGAAUAAGGUCAAUGUCUAUAAACGCUUUUACCCAACAGAGUGGCAAACCUUCAUCGAUUCUUUGCAGAAUAAGAAGAUGGAAGUUGACUGAGUGGUGGGCACCCCAUACUCAGGUCUACUGGACUAAAGAAACCAGAGCCAGGUUUUAAGGCAAGGGUUAUAUUAUUUCAGAUGAUGCUGGCAAAGUUCUAUAGAAUAAGGUUUUAUACAC